AUGCCGAAGACUGCGAUAUCCAAGGCCAUCGGCGCCGCUUUUGGCAUCCUGACUGUGUCUGUACUUGGCAGCAUUGUCACGAUGGUCAUUUUUUACAAGAUUGAGAUUUCGCAAGUGAACGUGACAUAUCCUCCUACUGAUCCGUCCACCACUGUGGGACCACCACCUGUCAUGCGGUUGCCGACAAAUCUUAUGCCAUGGAAGUACAAAAUCUUCCUUCAGCCUUACCUCUACUCAAAAAUCAUCGAGGAAGUCAAUGUUACAUCUCCCAACCAGACUAUGCUUUUUACUGGUAACUCAACAGUAUAUUUUCAUUGCGUUGAGCCGACAAAGAGCAUCUACCUCCAUAGCCAAGAGCUGAGGGUUUUUGACCCAUUGGUGAAGAAUGAAACCAUAAAAAAGGACAUCAGGAUUAUUCAUAUGGAGUAUCAUGGAGAUGAAAGUGAUUUCCUGGAGAUCCAGUUGAAGGAUACACUGAAGAAAGGAAUGAACUACAGCUUAUUUCUGGCAUUUGAGGGAGAGAUAUCACAAAAUCUACAAGCCUUGUAUGUAAGCACGUAUCAUGAAGGUAUUCCACAUUCUGAAAAUACCAAGAGAUUUAUUGCCAGUACACAUCUGGAACCAACAGACGCCAGAAGAGUGUUUCCUUGUUUCGAUGAGCCGGAAAUGAAAGCAGUGUUUGAUGUGACUAUCAUUCAUAGAAAAGAAACGAGGGUACUUGCAAAUGAAUAUCAGGCAGAGAAUUAUAGAUUAGAUCCUGACUGGCAAGUCACUCGCUUUUACCAGACACGACGAAUGUCCACAUACUUGUUUGCAUUCACAGUUUCAGAGCUGGAAUACUUGGAGUUGAACUAUGACCACCGUGUAGAAAUUAAAAUAUUUGCUCGGCCAGACGCUACUGAUGCUGGACACACGCAGUAUGCAUUAGAUGUUACUGUAAAGAUUCUCAAAUUCUACGAGGACUACCUUGGAAUCGAGUACCCUCUGAGGAAGCUUGAUGAAAUUGCACUGCCAGAUUUACCUUCGAGAGCAAUGGAAAACUGGGGACUGAUCACAUAUAAGGAGGGAGGAUUACUGUACGAAGAGGGAGUGUCAUCCCUCUUGCACAAGGAAACAAUCUCUCUUCUCAUUGCACAUGAACUGGCACACCAGUGGUUUGGAAAUCUAGUUACAAUGAAAUGGUGGAGUGAAAUCUGGCUAAAUGAAGGCUUUGCUACAUACAUGUCAACCGUGGCACUGGAUAAAGUUGAACCUGCGUUUCAAGUUAAAGAAAUACACAUUACGAAUCAACUCCAUACAGCACUUGAGCAGGAUGCAUUGGCCUCUUCACAUCCUCUUAGUGUCCCAGAAAAUGAUGUCCAGUCUACUUCAGAGAUUGUUGGGAUGUUUGAUGCUAUAUCCUAUUUCAAGGGGGCAAUUGUGCUGAGAAUGCUGGCAGACGUUGUGGGGCAAAGUGAUUUCGACAAAGGGAUUAAAGACUACCUCAAAGUUUUUAGUUAUGGAAACACUAACCAAUAUGACCUUUGGCAUUACAUACAAAAGGCUCAUAGGCCUGACUUUGAUGUUGCUAAGAUGAUGGAAACAUGGACCAAUCAAAGGGGCUAUCCUGUCAUUACCGUCAACACUACAAAUGGCCAGGUCACUCAAAGCCACUUUCUGUUCAACAGUUCUUUGGAAUCGAAUCUCACGUGGUAUAUCCCAAUUCAAGUGAUGUCAAAUACAACAGCAAGUUCACUCAGUUGGUUAAGGAGCAAAACUUCAAUAAUGACGCCAUUCAUUUCUAAGCAUGGAGAGUGGAUCCUUGCAAAUGUCAAUUGUAAUGGAUAUUACAGAGUCAAUUACAACCCGGAGAACUGGGAACGACUUCUCAUACAGUUGGACUCUAACCCAGAUCGCAUUCCAGUGAUGAACAGAGGACAGCUGAUUGAUGAUGCAUUUAAUUUGGCAAGGGCCAAAAUGAUUGAUGUGACUCUGGCUCUAAAUACAACGGUGUUCCUUCAUAAGGAGACUGCUUACAUACCCUGGGAGUCCGCAGUUCGGAAUCUUGACUACUUUAUCCAAAUGUUUGACCGUUCUGACGUGUAUGGAUCGAUGCAGACCUAUCUUCGGAAUCAAGUUGAAAACUUGUUUAUGUCCUUCAAAAACUUUACGGACAACCCUGAAGUUCUAGACCAUUCGUCACAGCAAAAUCAGAUUAUAGCCAUCGACGUGGCUUGUUCCAAUGGACUCCCAGAAUGCACAGAAAUGGCGACAAGGAUGUUUGACAACUGGAUGAAUAGCGACGAAAACAACACAAAGAGUAUUCACCAAAACUUGCGGUCAGUCAUCUACUGCCAAGGUGUGGCUGCUGGGGGGAAAGACGAAUGGGAGUUUGCUUGGAAGACGUUCCAGGAGACCACUGAAACCUCUGAGAAAGAUCAGCUUCGUAAAGCGCUAGCAUGCACCAAACAGAUCUGGCUUCUUAGCAGAUACCUGGAUUACACUUUGGACCCUAAGAAGAUACGUCUGAUGGAUGUUACUUCUACAAUCAACUACAUUGCCACAAAUGUGGUGGGACAUGGAAUGGCCUGGGAUUUUAUGAGAGCAAACUGGGACUACGUCAGUCAGGGGGAUGCAGUCCAGCUGAUAGAGACGGUGACCAAGAGGUUUUCGACGCCGUUUGAAUUGGAGGAGUUGGAGAUAUUUGCUGUAAACUAUGAUCUUGGUACUGCUUAUUGGGCUGUGGAACAGGCCAUUGAGCAAGUCAAAGUCAACAUCCAGUGGGUCAGCGAGAACAAGGAUGCCGUAUCAGAGUGGUUUGCAACAGAAGAAGACGAUUUCUAG